CAUGUAUAUAACAACUUGAAGAGGAGGUCAUAACCUGUUCAAAUCUUUUUGUGGAUGGCAGUCUAUUCUCAUUGUUAUAGAGUAUCAUCAUCAUAUUGCGAUGGUUGAUAAGUUGCUUUGAUGUAUCAGUUUGAAAUUCUUCCUCACCACGCAACUUUUCAGCUUAUUCAAUAGGUAAGCUUUCAGUUUUCAAUUACGAACACCACUGGACCCAACAGUAAUAAACGUGACUUUAUUUCACAGCCCAUUAUCAUGCUCUAGUUUCAUUCCAAAUUUCAUUUAUUUGAAUAAGAUCUAAAUCAAUUAAACCACUUACGUAAUCUAGAUAUGAACUUUCACUGUUUUAUGAUGGGUCUUUAAUCUAGUAUCGCUUGCCAUCGAGUGGAAAACAACAUGCUGGCCGUUACAUUUUAUCUUUUCAAACUACGAAUAUUUACUCUGGAACAAAAACUUCAAACUUUUGGUUCAUACUAAAUGUUGCAAUCCUGCGGUUGGCCUAAUCUCACCUGUUGAGCGAAUCAAAAUCGUCAACCGGACUCGAUCUGAAAAUGAUGGCCUCACAGGAGGUGUCAUUGGACCAACUAUUGGCCUCUAACUCUAUCAAGAUCGAACUGCUACCCCAAAAGAAAGGUCUCGUUUUCAAGCACGUCGAAUACAAUGUGGUGUCAGCUAAGUACAAAUCGCAAGUGGUGAGACGCUACUCGGAUUUUUUGGCUCUUAACGAGUUCUUGGUGGGGAGAUAUCCGUAUCGCCUCGUUCCAAAACUCCCCCCGCAAAAGCUGGCCGCUUUGUACGUUGGAACAGACUCGGACUUUGCGAGUUCUCGAAAACGAGCCUUGACGAGAUGGCUCACCUUGCUGAAUUGUCACAAAAUUUUCAGCAAAGAUCCCAUGGUUGAGCACUUCCUCACUUUUAUGGGCAAUGAUUUCCUGACCAUCUUUAAGGAGCAAUUCAAAAGCUUCCCGGAUGAGUUCAUCACAGAUGAGGAGGCGUUCAAAUCUCGUGAUGAGAUCACCGCCGAGAUCCGGCAAGAAGUCGAUGCUGGACGUUCCCAAGUGUGUGUCCUCACAAAUGUAGUCCUCAAGCUUGUGGAUCUCUUGGAGAACCUAGUUGCACGUUCCACUGCAUCUGGAACGGAUUUGGAGGAAUUUGGAAGAGAACUAGCCAGCUUGUCCAAUGAAGGCUAUCUCACUCCCAAGCAAUCUCCUGGCGGGGGUUGGCUGAGUCUGCAAAAAGCUCUCCAUGCCACCACAAACCAUUUCAACAACCUGUCCUCGCAAUGGAGCGAGAAUGCCUUGAGAUUGGACAGGGAUGUUCUCGAGUCGCUCAAGAUGCUUCAGGAUUUACUUUUGGGCUACAAGGACUUAUGUGCACGGUUAGAUAAAAAGUGUCUAAUGAACGAUCAAAAGAAGUCUUGGGAGAAGAUCCAAAUCUUUCAAAAGGGCAAGGCAACGGGAGUUCUAGUGAAUGAUCCCAAGCAGAAGGAGUUCUUGGACAAGCACCUGGAGGACCACAUGGUCAAUCUAAUCGAUCUCGAAGCCAGAGGAGCCUUCAGUACCCUAUGCAUGUCCCAAGAAACUGUCACAGUCUUCAUUUUCACAGAUGUACUGGGUGACGUGGCCAACUCUUUGGCCAACGUUCAAUACGAGGACGGAAAGAAGAUUAAUGAAAUCUGGAAGCAGAUCUUGCAAUGUGUUCAAGGCUUUGGUAUGGCACGUAACAAAGCGGACAAAAAAGCUACAUCACCCCUGGAAUCAUGAUAACAAGAUUUAGCUAAAGAUCAUCAUGGGCAAUAAUGGAUCGGUUUCAAUAAAGCUUGUUCUGUAGACUCUAAAAUGUUGUUGAACCCAGAUCAUUCCAAACCUGUGUCGUGCAAUCAG